AUAUCUAAAAUUAACUACUCCGGGAAAACAUUCACAUGUGCAUAAUUUAUUCGUCGUUAUUAAAAUGAUGCGCCAUUCAGUCAUCAGAAACAAAGAAAAGUCAAUAUGAAGUUCGUCAAAUUAGAUGUCCACUAUUAUGUAAACUUCCUCAUAUAUCUAUAGUAUUGUUUUCAUGUUAAGAUUCAAAAUGACGUAUUAUUAAUAUUAUGACACAUAUAAAUAUUUUUAGAAGCAUAAUACUUUGUAUCCGAGACGAUAUUGCUGUCUGAUUUGUUCUUUGCGUCAUCAUUCGAGAUUUCGCGGGAAUUGGCAGUUGUAUACUACGAUCAGCUGAUCAGAUGAGAAAAAGUUAACUGAAUACAAACAAAGCUUCAUGAUGUUCGAAUACGAAGACGACGUUUUUACGAAUUCUCCCAAAUUAAAUUUUGAUGACAAUAAUAACAACACAAAUGGAAGUUUUAAAUUUAACGAAGAGGAUUCCAUGCUAGCAUUAGCUACAGAAGAAUGCAUGAAAACUGGAACUUUUUUGCCACUGUUGAAAGAAGAACUUAAAUGUAAAAUUCUGGCCAAAUGUCACGAAGAGGGGAAACAGCUAAAUAUUAAAGCGGAACAAAGGGUAGCAGCUCCAAAGAAAAAGCUUCAACCAGACGAAGAAAAGAAAUUAGAAAAACGGAGAGAACAAAACAGAAGAGCUGCGAAAAAGUUCCGGGAAAGAAAACGAAGUGAUACUGACAGACUUGAACAGGCGACAACAGAAUUAGAAGUGCUUAAUCACGAAUUACGAGAUGAAAUAAGAAGACUGUCUACAGAGUAUCAUGAAUUGCAUGUAUUAUUGACAUCCCACUCAUGCGUGGUAGAUAAUACACCUUCAGUGUACGGCGAAUUGGGAACCUGAGACGCCAUCAACCUUGCGAUAAUGAUCGUACAGUCACUACGACAUGACUGUUUACAAGAAAGAGACAAUAGUCUUAAGAUGAUCUGAUGAACUUGCCAAUAAACUUCACAAUGACUCGAUGAUCUAAACAAUUUAACAACAAUAGAGUUUGUUAUGAAUUACAAAAUACCUGCCAAUUUGAAACUUUUGACAAGAUAUUGACAUGAUAGAUUUAUUUUAUUCUCCACAGAUUAAAAUCAAUAACGUUUAUCACGUGACAAGAUAUUGAGAUGAUAGAUUUAAUUUAUUCUCCACAGAUUAAAAUCGAUAACGUUUAUCACGUUAAAAGAUAUAGAUGACAGAUUUAUUUUAUUCUCCACAGAUGAAAAUCAAUAACGUCUAUCACGUGAUAAGAUAUUGAAAUAACGUUUAUCACGUGACAAGAUAUUGAGAUGAUAGAUUUAUUUUAUUAUGAUUAUCCAGAUUAGAAUCAAUAAUGUUUAUCACGUGGAGGGAGUAAUCUAUACACAGUAAUUAUAUUUAUUGUUAUACAUAUAUAUGUGUGUACAUGAUAUGUGUUGUUUUAUCUAUUACUCAAUUGAUCUCAGUUGUAAAUUAAUGAAAUUUUAUUUUCAUAUUAAAGUUUUAGUGUUAGAAUUUCAA